GCAAAGACAUUGACUCCAGUCUUUCCAUUGCAAUCUUCUGAACCUCCUGUUGAUCAGAACUGAAAACCAGCCUCACUAUGGCUGAAGAAUUCCAUGGAAGAUUAUCCAGCUUCAACCUGUUGAGCUCCUUAAGAUGCAGCGAUGUCUUCCCCUGCUCGACGGCCGUGAACUCCGGCGACAUUGAAGAAAGCUUCGGGUGUUCUCCGGCGACCACUGCUUUAUUUGAACUCAGGAAAGCUGACUCCUUUGAUAACUUGAGUGCCCAUCCUUCCAGUUUAGAUCUCUCGUCUUCCUCAAUUGAUUGGUCCCAAUCUUUCCUUGAAAGCUUCGGGACUAACUUCCAACCUGUACUGCUCGAGGAUAGAGCAACAACAAGACCGUGUAAAAUACAUGAUCCUUCCAUGGAUAUGAUCAGUCAGAGCUUCUUUCAAUUGUAUCAGACCCUUUCAGAAUCCGCCAUGGAUGAAAUUCAAAAUUUUCCAACGGUCAAAAAUUCUCCCGUUUCAAGCACUACGGCCAGCAAUAUUGUUUCUGACUCCACAACGAAGUCAAACAGAACAGCUUGGAGAGAUUCAAUUCUCCCGAUUGCAAAGAAGAUUAGAAUAGAAACACCUUCCCCCUUGCCAACUUUUAAGGUGAGAAAAGAGAAGUUAGGUGACAGGAUAACAGCACUCCAGCAACUGGUAUCACCUUUUGGAAAGACUGAUACGGCUUCAGUUCUCCAUGAAGCCAUAGAAUACAUAAAGUUCCUCCACGAGCAAGUGAAUGGACUAAGUAAUCCAUAUCUAACAAAUGGACUCCAGAGGAAAAACCAAGAGAUUUUGGAUAAGCGGACGAAGAAUGGCAAUUUGUCAAAGAAAGAUCUUAGAAGCGUUGGGCUCUGUCUUGUUCCUAUAUCGAGCACAUUUACAGUGGCCACCAAUGAGCUCCCUCCGAUCGAUUUCUGGACUCAACUCUCCAGCAUUGAGAACUACUACUACUUUUAA